AUGGAAGGUUCUAAAUCUGAAAGGGAGUGCAGAAAAUUAAGAAGGGAUGCUAUAAGAGAGCAAUUACUAGAAAGAAAUGAACAGGAAGAUAGAUUUCCUGCAGAUAGUUAUAGAACAAAUACAGUAGAAGGUGGUGAUAGAGAUAGACAUGAAAAUGGCAAUAGAAGAUUACAGUCAGUUGAUAGAAAUGUUCAAGAAUAUAGAAUGAUAGACAGUAGUACUGAACAAAAUAGAAUACAAAAUAGCAUUCCACAAAGCCAUUUGGAAUCGAGACUUCCUAACGAUGAAUAUAGAUACAGAGGGAUCGUGCAAGGGAGAGUAAACAUGAAUACAGGAAGAGAAACUAUAUAUUCAGACGAAAGGCUAGCAGCAAGGAGAAAAAGUGUAUCAUUUGAAAUGGACACACAGAAUGUCGGUGAUGAUCAAACAGAUAUACUUCGAGAUGAAUUUCAGAUACAGGAUAUUGAUGAUGAGAGCAUAGACUUGUCAAAAGAAAUGAUGGAUCUAGACAAGAAGCUGGAUCUUUUGAAAAAGGAAAAUGCUGACUUGUUAAGCCAAAAUAGCACCCUCACAAGUAACAAGGGUUUAGAAGCAGGAAUACAUAGUGACUAUUCCAAGACGGGUUCGUCAAGAAAUACUGAUACAUAUAAAGUAACAAGGAAAGAUCCUUCACAUGAAGAGUGUGAUUACCGUGAAAGUAUUGAAAGCGGAGUGCAAAAUAGAGACAUAAACGAAAACACAAACUUGAAGAAAGUUUCAGAUAGAACAAGUAUGUUUAAUACAAGCAGUGCUACAUAUAAAGAUAAAGUGCCAGAUAGAGACAACACAUAUGACAAAAAUAGAUAUAGUCAAAGCAAUAGACAAAGUACAAGCCAGUAUGCUGCUGCUGAAAAUAAGUGUUAUGAAUUUGACAUACACGAUAGUGUGAAAGACUAUGAUAGAAGAGAUGAAAGGCAACAAUAUCAUUAUCGAGAUGAAACUGGACAAGGAAGUGGUGUCGAUAAUAGAGAACACAGAUAUAGCAACGUCAGCAGUAAACCAUAUUUUGGAGGAGAUACUUAUAAAAGUAAUGAGAAAUAUACCACAUACUAUAGACAGAAUAAAGAAGGAAAUGUUGUCCCAGAUUUAGUAGACAUGCAUGAACACGGGAAUGAAUAUACAAGACAUUACGAGUCUAUCAAACUUGAUGAUUACAGAGGGAAUAGAACUGAUACAGUUAAGCCCAAGAUUGAAGGUCUUAGUGACGCAACAUAUACCAUGAUUCCAAAUGAAUUUAGAAAAUAUAACUAUAGAGAACAACAAACAAUGGAAGAAGAAAGAGUAAGGUUGGAGACAGAAAGAGAAAGGAUACUCUUACAAAGAUUAUACGAGCAAAACAGACAAAUAGAGUACCAGACAGAAAUCAAAGAACAAGAAGAAAGGCAGAUAGCAGAAAGAGUUCGUAGAUUGCAAAUAGCAAAGGACGAAUUGAAUCAGAAGAGAGUUGAAAGAGAAAGACUUGAAAAGGAAAUUCAGAAAAAGGUGGAGCUCGAAAGGCUUAGAACACAGAAGAUUUUGUUACUAAAGGGCCAGGAAGAAGAAUUAUCAGACAAACGUAGAGCAGAUACAGAUAGAAAAGAAUAUAUUCAGGAUAACACAGCGAGUCAAGUCAGACAAUUUCCAACAUUAGACAGAAACAUUAACCAAAGUGGGUUUGGAAAACCAAAAAUUCCUUCAUUUGAUGGAAGUGACUUCAAAGUUUGGAAGAUAGAGGUCGAAUGCAUUAUUAAGAGUAGACUAUAUCCAGAGUAUUUGAUUGCUCAGACAAUGAGAAAUUCACUGAAGGGUCAGACUAGAAAAGUUCUUCUGACAAUAGAUCCAAUGGCUGAUUCUACAGUAAUACUGAAGAAACUAGAAGAUAUAUAUGGCACUACACAGACUGAAGAUUCAAUCAUGCAGGAUUUCUUCAAUGCUAAGCAAGAAGACAAAGAGACCACAUCUGACUGGGCUUUAAGAUUAGAAACGAUUAUGCAGUUGGCAGUAGAGACCGGUGAAAUACCUGAAAGAAAAAAGAAUGCCUUAUUGAAACAAAGAUUUUGGAAGGGUUUAAAAAGUGAAAAGCUCCGAAAUAAUACGAGAGUAACUUACGAAUCUGACUCAACAUUCGAAGUGUUACGGAAGAAAGCUAGAGUUGAAGAAGAUGAAAUAAAACGAACGUCAGCUGAUGCAAGAAGUAUGAAGCCAGUCAACACACAGAAUACAGAACUAGAUACUAACAAAGAAAUACAAACUGGUCAGAAAGAUGAAAUACAAUUACAACAACAGAAUAUGAAAUCAGCUUCAUAUUACAUGGACAAACAAAUGAACAUGAUGCAAUCACUGAUGGAUAAAAUGAAAGAGCUGGAAAAGGAGAUAGUUAACAUGAAGAAAGAAAACAAAGAGCACGAAAGAUCUGAGAUCCCGAGUAACCAAGACACACAACGAGGCUAUUCAUAUAGAGGAAGAGGAAGAUAUCAACGGGGAUAUAGACCAUACUAUAACCAGUACUAUGGUCCACCAAGAAAUAAAUCAUACAGAGACUACUAUGACAGUAGAAGUCAUAGAUACAACGGUCCACCCCAAAGGAAAGAUGAAGAGUCCAGUGAUGCUUCAAAAGAUGCCAAACAACCAAACAAGAAUCCAGAACCCAAGAACGACAAUUUAAACAAAUAG